AUGGACAGGGAUGCUCAGGAUUUCGUCAAUUGUGAAGCCUGCAGGAACCCAGCUGAAUACUGGUAUUAUUGCAAUGCAUGUCAUCGAAAACUUUGUCAACGAAAUGAUUGUCUCAAUCCACAUCGAGGAGAGGGACAUAACGUUGUCCGAUUCGAAAGCAGAAUCCGCCAAAAUAAACAGGAAGAGCUUUUUUACGAAUUAUGCCACAUCCAUCCUGAUAGAAUUCUCAAUAGCUUCUGCAAAUCAUGCAACCAAAGUGUCUGCGAUAGAUGCGUUCUUCUGAAGCACAGAGAUAUGAAACAACAUGUUGUUAUAGCAGUAGACGAAAUUAUUGCCGAAAGGCGUCAACUAGUGGACAAAAAUACAGAAAUUCUGAGACACAAUGUUCUCCCAAGAUAUGUACAAGAAAUCCAUGAAUUAAAAGAAGAAAUUUCCAAUUUAGAAGGAGCUUACGAUGUGAAAAGAAACAUAAUUCAAAAAGUAUACCAGUCAUGGCAAGAUGAAUUGAAAACUAUAGUUGAUCAAAUCUUGGCAGACCUCAAAUACUUAGAGGAGUUACAUUUGAAACGUUUGAAUGUCCAACAAGAAAGCCUUCAGAAAACAUUAGUUCAGAUAGAGGACUUCGUUGAAGCAAACGAAGAGCUUUUACAAUCACCAUCACCAUUAGCAGUCAAGGAAGUUCGAAGCAUCGAUGAUUACCUUGAGUUUCCUGAAAUAACCAAGUUCAGUCUCCCAACAUUUUCUGUGGGAACACUCCCUGCAUUGCGUGAUGCUUUAAAUAGAAAAAAGACAAUAAUUUAUUCCCCUAGAUACAGUUUAUCUAAAGAGGAGCUUUAUGGAAAAUCCUGUAUUGUAAUGGCAGAGCUCAGUGGACUAAAAGAAGAAAUUCAAAAGGGAGAGAAAAUUCCGACAGGACUCAAAACUGAACUGAAUCUUUUUACUGCCAUAGAAGCAGAUAAUCAUUAUAAAAUCGAUGACAUAUGUUGUCCUUUUAUUGAUGCUGCUUGGUUGUGUGAUAGAACUGCAGCGAAAAUCUCAAAAAUUUCAGAAAGUGGAAAAUUGAUAGAAGAAAAUGAAAUGGAAAACUUAGGGUAUAUAGCAGGGCAAGCUACUGACCAAAUAUUUUAUACAAGUGAAGAUAAGAAGUUAUUGAAAUUAACAAAGAAUGUUUCCCAAGUUGUAUCUAACUUUGAAUGGGUCCCUUUUGGUCUUUCGGUUACAAUGGCGAAAGAUAUUUUGGUAUGUGAACGCAUUGAAACGAGGGGAAGAGUGGUGAAAUAUAGCAGCAAGGGCCAUCAGCUAAAAAUAAUCGAACGAUGCCAAGGGGACCCUGAACACAUCUUCCGAAUGCCAGAACGAGUUAUAGAAAACAGCAAUGGUGAUGUGUGUGUAACAGACAACUGCAUCCCAGCGUCUCUUGUUGUUGUGAACAGCUUGGGUAAAUUCCAAUUUCGUUAUACGCCUGAUGAGAAUGAGACGGAUUCUUCCACGACAUGGUUUUUCGGAAGAAGGGAAAGCACACCAUCUUCAUUUAACGGACUAGCAAGUGAUAAAUUUGGGAACAUUCUUAUUUCUGUCAAGGAAAAGAACUUUAUCCAUGUACUAGACAAAUGGGGAAGUUUCCUAAAAUUUUUAUCCAGCAAGCAAAUUAUGAACCCCAAUGCCUUAGCAAUUGAUAAUCUACAACGAUUGUGGAUAGCUGAUGGAGAAAACCAAAUCAAGAUAGUUGUCUAUUUAAACUGUUAG